CUCCGACCCGUUCGCUGACCGCUGGACGGGCCCUCCAGCUCCCCGCGGAGGCCUUCACGUUUUCCCAGGACGGAGGCACGUGUCAGGGGACCCCCACCAGUAAAGAGCACUUGCUUCGUCGGAGCAGCCAAGUUCAGGCCAUGUGGGCAUCCCUUGGGCACAAGAGCGAGCUAGUUUCCACCACUCCCUUGGCAUCCCUCCCUGCCAAGCUGUGGGAUAAUGCGCACUGCCUGGCACUGCCCCUGCCAGGGGUUCCUGCCUUCUGCGACUGCAACGGACAGAAAACAGUAGCAUUCGGUAGUGGCCCCCCGCAGCGAGAUGGCCGCAGGGAGGAGGCACCUGGGAGAGAGGACCGUUAGGGAGAGGCAGGAGGCAGGGAGGCCUCCAGACUCUUCCCCAGUGCCCUGGAUCUCGGAGCUGGGGAUGCCUCCAGGCUGAUUGGCAGCUCUUUGUUUCAGCCCCCCCCACCCGCCUGCUGGCCCCCCCCUUCAACUCCCCCUUCCAGUCCCUCCGCCCCCCGCUCCUGCUCUCCCCGCCUAGCCUUUUCCCCUCCCAGCCGCCUGCCUGCCAGGGUAGUGAGCCCGCUGAGCGGCAUGGAGGCGCAGAAACUCCGGGGGCCCCUGGCUCUCCUCCUCAUUUGCACUUUCGCAUCUGCCAGUCGGGACCUGCAGGUGAUUGACCUGCUGACUGUGGGCGAGUCUCGGCAGAUGACCGCUGUGGCGGAGAAGAUCCGGGCAGCCCUGCUCACUGCUGCUGACAUCUACCUCUUGUCCACCUUCCGCCUGCCCCCCAAGCAGGGUGGUGUCCUCUUUGGGCUCUACUCUCGCCAGGACAACACACGAUGGCUGGAGGCCUCCGUUGUGGGCAAAAUUAACAAAGUGCUGGUGCGGUACCAGCGGGAGGACGGCAGAGUCCACGCCGUGAACCUGCAACAGGCAGGCCUGGCCGACGGGCGCACGCACACGGCUCUCCUGCGGCUCCGCGGUCCCGCACGACCAAGCCCUGCCCUGCAGCUCUACGUGGACUGCAAACUGGGAGACCAGCACUCCGGGCUCCCUGCGUUGGCCCCCAUUCCUCCCGCCGAGGUUGACGGGCUGGAGAUUCGGACCGGACAGAAGGCGUAUUUGAGGAUGCAGGGCUUCGUGGAAUCUAUGAAAAUGAUUCUGGGCGGGUCCAUGGCCCGGGUGGGGGCCCUGAGUGAGUGUCCAUUCCAGGGGGACGAGUCCAUCCACAGUGCAGUGACCAGCGCACUGCACUCCAUCCUCGGAGAGCAGACCAAGGCGCUGGUCACCCAGCUCACCCUCUUCAACCAGAUCCUGGUGGAGCUGCGCGAUGAUAUCCGAGACCAGGUGAAGGAGAUGUCUCUGAUCCGAAACGCCAUCAUGGAGUGUCAGGUGUGCGGCUUCCACGAGCAGCGUUCCCACUGCAGCCCCAACCCCUGCUUCCGAGGCGUGGACUGCAUGGAAGUGUACGAGUACCCCGGCUACCGCUGCGGGCCCUGCCCCCCGGGCCUGCAGGGCAACGGCACUCACUGUGCGGACAUCGAUGAGUGUGCUCACGCGGACCCCUGCUUCCCUGGGGCCAGCUGCGUCAACACGGUGCCUGGCUUCCACUGUGAAGCCUGUCCUCGCGGCUAUAAGGGCACUCGGGUGUCCGGCGUGGGCAUCGACUACGCCCGCGCCAGCAAACAGGUCUGCAGCGACGUGGACGAAUGCAACGACGGGAACAACGGCGGCUGCGACCCGAACUCCGUCUGCACCAACACCGCGGGGUCUUUCAAGUGUGGUCCCUGUCGCCUGGGCUUCCUGGGGAACCAGAGCCAGGGCUGCCUCCCAGCCCGCACCUGCCACAGCCCAGCCCAUAGCCCCUGCCACGUCCACGCGCACUGUCUCUUUGAGCGCAACGGAGCAGUGUCCUGCGCGUGUAACGUGGGCUGGGCUGGGAACGGGAACGUGUGUGGGACCGACACGGACAUCGACGGCUACCCGGACCAGGCCCUGCCAUGCAUGGACAACAACAAGCACUGCAAGCAGGACAAUUGCCUUUUGACACCCAACUCUGGGCAGGAAGACGCUGACAACGACGGUGUGGGGGACCAGUGUGAUGAGGACGCUGAUGGAGACGGGAUCAAGAACGUGGAGGACAACUGCCGACUGUUCCCCAACAAGGACCAGCAAAACUCUGACACAGACUCCUUUGGGGAUGCCUGUGACAACUGCCCCAACGUCCCCAACAAUGACCAGAAGGACACGGACGGCAACGGGGAAGGGGACGCGUGUGACAAUGAUGUGGAUGGAGACGGUGCCACUGGGGCUGGGGGACUGGGAGGCCCGAGCAGUGGGAAGGAGGCGUGGCUGGGCGGUCUAAGCACCACAGGGGUGGCCUGGGUGGGCAAAGUGCCCUGGGAAUGGGUGGGGGGCAGAGCGAGGCAGGAGAGGGCUAGGGGGUGUCCUCUGCGUGGGACGCCAGCUCCAGGAGAGAGCAUGACCUGUUGUAGCGACAGGCUUGUGUCCCCUGCAUGCCUCGUAGGCAUCCCCAACGGACUGGACAAUUGCCCUAAGGUCCCGAACCCACUGCAGACCGACAGGGAUCAGGACGGGGCGGGAGACGCCUGUGACAGCUGCCCUGAAAUGAGCAACCCUACCCAGACAGAUGCCGACAGCGACCUGGUGGGGGACGUCUGUGACACCAACCAGGACAGCGAUGGGGAUGGACAUCAGGACACCAAGGACAACUGCCCAGAGCUGCCAAACAGCUCCCAGCUGGACUCCGACAACGACGGACUCGGAGACGAGUGUGAUGGGGAUGACGACAAUGACGAAGUCCCAGACUACGCGCCUCCGGGUCCUGACAACUGCCGCCUUGUCCCCAACCCCAAUCAGAAGGACUCAGACGGCAAUGGCGUUGGCGAUGUGUGUGAGGAUGACUUCGACAAUGACGCAGUGGCCGACCCCCUGGACGUGUGCCCCGAGAGUGCAGAGGUGACCUUAACGGAUUUCCGGGCCUAUCAGACCGUCGUCCUGGACCCUGAGGGAGACGCUCAGAUCGACCCAAACUGGGUUGUGCUCAACCAGGGCAUGGAAAUCGUUCAGACCAUGAACAGUGACCCUGGCUUGGCGGUUGGAUACACGGCCUUCAACGGUGUGGACUUUGAAGGCACCUUUCACGUGAACACGGUGACUGAUGAUGACUACGCAGGCUUCCUCUUCAGCUAUCAGGACAGCGGCCGCUUCUACGUGGUCAUGUGGAAGCAGACGGAGCAGACCUACUGGCAGGCCACACCCUUCCGGGCUGUCGCUCAGCCAGGGCUGCAGCUCAAGGCGGUGACGUCUGUGUCAGGCCCAGGUGAGCACCUCCGCAAUGCCCUGUGGCACACUGGCCACACCCCCGAUCAGGUCCGGCUGCUGUGGACUGACCCCCGAAACGUGGGCUGGCGGGACAAGACUUCCUACCGCUGGCAGCUGCUGCACCGGCCCCAAGUGGGCUACAUCCGGGUGAAGCUCUAUGAGGGUCCUCAGCUGGUGGCGGACUCCGGGGUGAUCAUCGACACAGCCAUGCGGGGAGGCCGUCUGGGCGUAUUCUGCUUCUCUCAAGAAAAUAUCAUUUGGUCCAAUCUCCAGUAUCGAUGCAAUGACACGGUGCCCGAGGACUUUGAGCCGUUCCGGAGGCAGCUGCUCCAGGGAAGGGUGUGAAGAGGCGGCCCGGUGGGAUUCCGAAUCCUGAUUUUAGACCCUCUGGCCUUGGGGUCCAUCCUGGAGACCCUGGGGUCUAAUUUACAGCCACUCAAGCAAACACAGACCCUCCUCCGGCACCCACAGGAGUUCCCCCCCAGAAGGGUGGUGACCCCAUGGUUCAGGAGUUGGGAAGUUUUCAAGGGUAUUCUUCUCAGGCACUAACCCCAGGAAAGAGAACAGCACGUUGCCAUAAAGGUCCAGUGGUUUUCUAAGCUA